AUGGCCGAGUCAAAGUUGCGUGCACUCGGUGCAGGCUUAAAAAGCAAAAGUGCAGCGGUGAUGCUGGAGAUGGCGCUCCCUGCUUUCGAUAAGGAACGAUCAGGUGAAGAAAUGAAACGCGAGAUCUAUCAGCAUCACAUUGACCUACUCGCUGGAUCGCUUUAUCAGAGGUUACACAUCCCUAGUACGGUCCACUCGAAUGAGUUGCACCAUGAAAUCUACAUCGAGACCAAGAGAUUCUUGGGCUGA